AGUGCUGAAAGGAUCGACUGGUUAAAAAUGAGAAAAUUAAGCGAAGUCCGAGAACAAGAGGAGGAACAUGAAGCCCAAGAACAUCAUGAGCUUCACCCUGAAUUCGCUGAACAUAUUCAUGUGCCAAAAGCAAUGCUUCACGUCUCUUUAUCGGAAGCUGAAAUUCCAAAAGUUGAAAAGUGCUGCUUCUUAUUUGAUUUAAAGUACGGAUUAAUCGCUUGGCUGAGUAUUGAAGGAUUUAUUUGGUUCCUGUUGGCAUGUACAACAUUUUAUUUUGAAGUCAUACUUGUCAAUGAAGUGGAUCUACUAGAACUUAGUGACUUAAUGGAUCGAUGGCAUUUUUGGAUGAUUUUUGGAAACCGGUUGGAAUACAUUGAUCACGCUACCCGCACAUAUGUCAUCAUCAUCUACUUACUCUUGACCUUAUUCUUCGUUAUAUAUAUUUUAUUUUGCGGAAUUUUAAUCGGCGGCAUACAUUUGCGCAAGACUUGUUUCUUCAUCCCAUACUUCACACUUGAUGCAAUUUUCCUAUCACUGGCUUUCAUCGGAUGUGUAACUGGACUAAUUAUCUCUUAUGAUCAUCUCUUCCGAAUAUGCUUAAUGUUUUUGAUCAUUAAGACUUAUGUUGAAAUAUGUGUUGUGUCAAUGUUCAUUAAAAUUAGACGUGAAAAGUCAAAACUUGCAUCAGCUGAGGCUUUACAAGGAAUUGUUUACCUUGAUGCGCAAUCAUCUGCUGUUUAA